AAAAAGUGCAUAUCGUCAACAAAAAAAAAGUCCCGGGAUUUUCUGUGUGUGCGUGUGUCCAGUACGAGUAUUUCGUUGGUUUGGUGUUUUUCUGGCUCAUUGCGGAAGUGCUGGUGGACACAUACAUACAUACAUACAUAUACGAUUCAUGCAUGGAAGUGAUUCCGGAAGAGAAGGGAUUUUCCCUCAAGAAAGUGUGGAAUUCCCGACCGGGACGACGUCAGUCCGUGACUGCGAGAUUUUAUGUGCAUUUCAAAUCUCCCGACGAUGUGAUGAAGGAGCACGAGCAGGCAUCGUUGCCAAGGGCGAUGAGCGAGACGAGGUUGCAGCGCAGAGCCAGUUUGCUGCUGCCUUGGCGGAAAGGCGUGGACUCGGGAUUUCAGUCUACAACUUCAUUCCCCGCGCCGCAACCGCAGCGACACCUAGAUGAAGAGACUCCCGCGCAUGCAGAUGUCAUCGCUCCCAGCAUCAGCAGGUCGCCGAGACGCAUCUUGCCGAGUUCUAGUGCAGCAGCAGUUCGGGAACAUGCAGGCACUACCAUCAGGGCACCGACCCCCUAUGCCAUUCCUGUACCACUGCCUCACCGCCCUGCGCCUCCACCUCCGACCACCAGUGGUCAGCACUUGUUGAAUAAGGGAGCCACCACGAAUACCCGACCCAAGUCAGCUGUGUACCAGACUGGUGCGACAUCUGGUGCAGUGGUUGUUGUGACUGCCCUGACUGCGGGGGCCAUUGCCGGGAAUAAUCAGGCCUUAGGGGCAAGACUCGCAUGUGCUGGCCCUCAGUAUCAACAUCCAUGGGAUUCUACGAAUAGGACUGAUUGGCGUCGCUGCUCGUCAUCAGCAGCAGCAGGAUGUGCAAAUGCAGCAUUUGACGACGAGGUUCAACAUCGUCGCCAGCAGCAGCAGCAACAAUCGACAUCAAUUAGUGCCUUGAGUAAGAGGCUGAGUGGAGACAGCGGCAUCAUGAUGAUGUGCGACGCUGUGCCAACUGACGUUCAGGCAAAGAAUCGACAGAGUCAGUCGACUUUGACUGGAGCGUAUUCGUUGGCCAACAACAACAACAACAACAAGUGUGUUUCUGGGCUCUGUCAGCAUGCUGCUGACCACCAUCUUUGCUCGAGGCAGCAGCAGGAGGAAGUAGUGCAACAGGUGAUGCUGGGAGCAGCGGCCUCUAGCGGCAGUUGCGCGACUGUGUCUCGUCAGUGUUUCAACCAAGCGCGAGGAGAUGUCGCAGACGCGGAUGGCAGUGACGCGGUUUUGCAGCGUGUCCCGGCGGCGGCGGCGGCGACGGCGACGGCGGUGUUUCCGAGACUGAUGUUGCUGAGUAACACACUGCCUCGUCCAGCUGGAGGCGAUCCGACGACUGCAGAGACUCGGAAUCGUGUCUAUGCGAAAAACAAGGACUCGAAACGAAGGUUCCAACAAAGAAACGGUCCGUCUCAGCAGCAUCCAACUCCGAUGGCUGAACUUGUGCUGCCAUCUGUGAACCCGUUGUUGUGGCGGUCAUCCAGUCAGCCCUCGGACCUGAAUGUGUCUCAAGUCGUGUCUUCGUCGGUGCAUCCUUCAGUCGUUGCGGGCCAGCAGCCGACGUUGCUGUCGUCGGAGGCGUCCGCUGCAGCCGCCGCCGCCUUCAGAGCUCGCAGCAUGCGGCGCCACCAGCAGAGCCGCCGUCGGUGCCGCAACCAGCGACGGUCCGUCGCUGGCGUCGUGAGCGACGACGACGUCCUCGACGGUGAUUUCUUGGAGACCAAUGGACUGAUGCUGGCUGAGGCCCUUUGGGACCAUUCCACCACUGAUGCGGAUGAGCUGGCCUUCAGGGCUGGCGACGUCAUUGAAGUCCUGGACACGUCUUUCCAGCAAUGGUGGUGGGGGGAGCUGCACCACCAGCCCUCCAUUGGUGCUGCCGGAGGAUGCCCGUCAAAUAAUAAUAAUAAUAAUAAGCCAGCUCCAGCUGGAUGGUUCCCUGCAGCUUUUGUCAGGGUCACAACGGGUCUCAACCGCAGGAGCUCCAUCUUGUUGUCGCACGACCAAGUUCGCGGCAACAUCAUCAAGGAGAUCAUUUCUUCGGAGAAGGAGUUCCUCAAGAACUUGUGUGAUAUCAAACAGGGCUACUUGCACCAGGUCCGACGUCGACCCGACAUGUUCACCAAGGAGCACGUGUCCACCAUCUUUGGCAACAUCGAGGCCCUGUACGAGUUCCAGUCCGAGUUCGUCGGCUACCUCGAGUCCAAGAUCAACACCAAGCAGCCGCACAAGAGCUGCGUGGGCGAGUGUUUCAAGAAAUACAGAACCGGGUUCAAGGUCUACACCGAGUACUGCAACAACCACCCCAGUGCCGUGGCCACGCUGCAGGAGCUCAACGAAGACCCCAACAUUUGCCACUUUUUCGAGGCGUGUCGACUGCUGCAGAAGAUGAUCGACAUCUCCCUGGACGGGUUCCUGCUCACGCCGGUCCAGCGCAUUUGCAAGUACCCGCUGCAGCUGGCGGAACUGGCCAAGUACACCAAGCCGGAUCACCUGGACCACCAUGACGUGUUGGAGGCCCUGGAGGAGAUGCGAGGAGCGGCAUCUGCCGGCUCGAGUGCCGUGAGCCAAAAGUCCAAGGACCUCACGCUGUUCCUCUUUGACCACUUGCUAGUCUACUGCAGAAGGGAUUUGCUCAAGAAAACCAGCUUUGUAUGGAAGGGCAAGAUCCCCUUGGAUGAGUGCAGGAUUGAGGAUUGUCCAGAUGGCAAGGAUGAACACCUGGGGGUGCCACUGAAGAAUGCGUGGAAAGUGGUCAACACUGUGCGGAGUCACUACUUCCUCUUCUACACCAGGACUGCAGAAGAGAAGCUGGAGUGGAUGAGGGCCUUUGGCCGGGAGCGGGCCCAGGUCAGGCAGGACCUGGAGCAGGGCAUCGUGUUCACGGAGCGCGAGAAGGAGGACGCGAGGAGGGCAGCACUGGCCACCAGGACCAACAGCAAGUUCAACAAGAAGCCCAAGGGCAAGCCGAGCAAAGUGAAGCUGGACCCAGAUGUGAUGGCCAGCUUCAUGCGGCAGAUGAACCCCGCUUCAUAUUCUGCUGCUGGCUCCACCACCACCACCACUAACAACACCAUCCCUCAUCAUCAUCAUCCACGAAUGGUGCACACCACCGGCAGUCUGUCUCGCCUGCCUCACACUAGUAGUGGUGGUGGACCAUCGCAGCAGGUGAUGCACUAUCGCAACGACGUCCGCUACCACAGCAACUCGGCCAGCAGCAGCAGCAGCAUGAGCAACACCAGCACCAGCACCAGCACUGGGCCCAGGACAGUCGUCAUGGAGAGGACACAUCGCAAGGACAUGCGCAUGUACGUGGGCAUGGAUGCCGAGGACGAGGACGAGGAUGGCGAGGACGCCUGGCACUCGACCACCACCACCACCACCACCACCAACAAUGGUGCGAACACCAUGCCCAAUACCACCACCAACACCAAUAGUCUGUCGAAAAAGAAGUCUGCGUGGUUCAACUUUGGACAAAAGAGGUCUACCACUGCCAGCACCAUCAGCACCAGCAGGGAAUUGCCUGCCAACAGCACCUUUUAUACGACAGCCUGAUGAUGAAGAUGAUGAUGAUGAUGAUGAUGCGAGAAGCAUUUCCGGAAUUCUCAGGGAUCUUAUCAUUAUUGCAAAAGAAGAGGAGGAGGAGAGCGAGAAUGUGAUACUGGUUUUUUUUUCUCCUGGUUUUGUUAAACUGCUGCUUUUGUUUCUUUCCUGUUUUUUCGAUGUACGGUGACGACUCGAUAUUAAAUUGCGGUUCCCAGAUCAUUAUUGUCAGUGUCAGCGAUGCAAAUGUCGGUUCUUCUGAUGAUUAUCAUUUUUUUGGCGUUUGAUGUUACCUAGUUUAUUAUUAUUAUUAUUAUUGUGACCCGUGAUGAUUAAAAAAAAAAGUCCUCAGAUUUCAAUUCCUGAUGACCUCGAA